AUGCGGUUAUCUAUCGGUGCUCUCGGACUGAUUGGUGCGGGGAUUGCAUUAAGAAGCAUAAGAUUCGCAACCAAAUUCUUCGACAACAAUAGAAUUCCUAAUUCAUUCAUCAAGAAAAGCAUUGCAUUGCGAGGAGUGGUUAAGAGUGUGUCAACUGAUGGUAGCCUUAAUAUUGAUCACUUGCCUAUUAUUCCAAUGCCAUGGCAUAGAAGAGUAAACAACGACAGACUUUUGAACAUAUCGUUGGCAGCCAUCAAGCCGUCAAUUUCGGGCACAUUUUGGCUUAAAUUGAAUGUCGAAAACAAAAUAGUUUGGUUUAAAGCCAUUAAUAGACUCGACGGCGACAUUAAAUGUCUCGUUUCCAACGAAAAGAAGAACUGGUGGAGAGAGGACUCGCAACUGUUGGACCAUUCGAUCAAUCAUUAA